ACGGUGAGUGGGCGACUGUCAGCCAGGUCCGUCUACCCCAACCGGAAGAACCCCCUACCGGAACCUGACCUGCACACGCGAUCCACCAUGACCAGCAAUCGUAACCGAACACCGACCGGGCAGAUACGGGACGAUUUUCUGCUCGAGACCAACUUCGAUGACGAUGGUGCCCUUACCCGUGCCUACAACACACUACCCCAGCAACAGGCAGCCCUUAACAGUGGUUUGCAACGGCGUAGCAUUGCUUAUCGUUCGAACUUAUCGGUGGAUCGAUAUUCGGAGACGACACUGCACGGAAAACCACCGCGGAAAGGUGGAUGCUGCAAAUCAUGUGUGACGCGGAUACCGUACGCGACACUGAUCGCGACGGUUAUGUGCCUUAUCGGAGUCGGCGUGUUCUGCGGUACCAUGUUCCGUGGCACCUCGCUGGCCAUCAUCAUGCUCGAUCAAGUGUUUCAUCUCCGGCUGCCCUGGAUCGAGGCGGUACAGAUCAUCUUCGUCGUGAUCGGUGCCACGAUGGCAGCGCUCGGGCUAAUGAUCUUGUUUGUCGGCUUCCUGGCGACUGGUGCCACUCGCCAUAAGGUGUACCGUGCGUGGGGUUCACGUGUCGGUGGUCGCAUAUCGUGCGCCGUCUUUAUGGCUAUCUCGUACGUGCUGAACAUUGCGUGGAUCCUUAUCCUUUGCUUCCUGUCGAUCGUCACGUUUGUGUUUACCGUGUUCUGGAACAUGUGCGCCAACACGAAUGUCCAGACGCAUCGGGACUGUAUUGAUUUGACGCAGUUCUACUUUAUGUUCCCCGAUGGUGUCAAGCAAGAGGACAUGAAAAUAUGCGAACCGGCCAAGGUGAAAGCGUUCUGUAAGGAUGGUGUAGAAAAGUGUGAAAUUAUGUUCAUCUUAGCAACGGUAUCGUGCCUGCUGAUCAUACUCAGCUUCGUGCAUUAUCUGAUGUGCCUCGCGGCCAACUAUGCGCACAUUCGGGAUCACGAGAAAUUCCAGGAGCUGCAGGAAAUGCAGAACCUCACCGAGAUGGAGUACAGCGCGGCGUCGAAGGAUCGGUUCUAG